AUGGCGCCUAAGAAGAAGCUCAAACCGACACCGGAAGCCGCAUCAGACACGCCGGUCGAGCGAAGUCGCUCUGUCUAUGGUGACAGCCACGCAGCGACUGAGAAAGCCAUGCUAUCCGCACAUGCCCACCACCUAUGGAACGCUGGCGCGAUCGACGAGCACAUGGUCGCGGAGCUGUCGAAAGUCAACCCCAAAUCCGACGUUCACAGCGUCAGGUAUACAACAGACUACCUCGCAGCUCAUCCAGACUACACGGGCGAGGACGCCGACGAGAUACCAGCUAUGCAGACUGCUAUGAAACACCGGAGAAGCAGAGACGAGGCACAAAAUAGGGUUUUGGAAGACUACUGGGCGGGACGCAUCGAUCUCUGGGGUCACCCAACUGGAUAUCAGGUCGAUGAUAACGGCAGGGACUUACUGCCGCGCACUCAAGUUCUGCAUCUCCCACAAUCACAGGACACGGGCGCCGUACCGACCAUCACCCGAACAGAGACACACAAGCAUUUGUAG